UUUGCCUCGAAAUCUACGUUUCCUUCUCCAGCGAAUCACGGGCAUUGUGGCCUGGUCGAGUGUCAACAGUAUAUCCCUCGCGUCAGACUCAUUGAAGAAAAACUCUUUGUUCAGUUUGAGGACCAGACUCCAAAGCAGGCCUCAGCCAAAGGCCCUGAGGAGCCCGAGGUACCGGAGCCUGAGGAGGACAAUCCUUGCAAGACCCAGCAGCUGAAGAAGAUCUUUAAGGAGUACGGAGCUGUAGGAGUCUCCUUCCACAUAUGUAUGUCCCUCAUGUCUCUGGGCAUGUUCUACCUCGCUGUGUCCAGUGGGAUCGACAUGGCUGCUAUCCUGUACAAGAUAGGAUUCAGUGAAUCUCUGGUUCAGUCCAAGUUGGCGGCGGGUACCAGUACGUUUGUCCUGGCGUACGCCAUCCACAAGCUGUUUGCUCCGCUCCGUAUCAGCAUCACUGUGAUAUCAGUGCCUCUUCUUGUACGAUACCUCAGAAAGAAUGGCCUCUUCAAGACACCCAACUCACCUACACACUGAGUGGCUGAGACCCCAACCUCCACUAACUUCGAUAACUGAGACUUUCCAAAUAUGACCAUUACCAUUUCUGGAAUCAAGAGGGAAUAAGUGUGACAAAUUCUUCCAACCAUCCCUAGUUUUUCAACUGGAAUUUCUGCAGGAGAUAAAAACAGAACCAACCGAGGCUGACUUUGAACCCACCUGUAGAUCAGUGGCGGUCUGUGCCGUUUAAGAUGAGGGAGGAUGAUUUUUAAAAUGUAUUUCUUAUGAGCAUGGCCUUAUUUCUAUUGCAGCAUUUGGGAUGACUGUCAUUCAUAUUUCAAUCACCCAGUUCAAUGUAACAGUGAUGGGUUUAGGCUACUACAAUGUACUCAAAAUGUCUCUGUACCCAUCAUGAGAUUACUACAACCUAUCUUAUGAGAAGUUUACAUUGUGAACUUUCAUCAAGAUAAUUUUUAGUAAUCAAGGUGAGACUAACACAUUCAAUACUGCCGUGAACUCUCGUGCCUGCAUCUAGCUGAUCUAGGGUGUAAUCAUUAGUCAAACAGUUGCAAACGAGAGUUUCUAUUGGACAAAUUCAGGUAUGUUUAUCCCCAUUCCAUUUAAGAAAUGUUUUUCAACAGAAUCGGUGGAAUGAAUACACCCCUGAUCACACGCAAACACAAUUCACUUUCAUAGCAGCCAUAUAAAAACGGCAAGAUCACUUUGCUCAUUGUAUACUGUGCAUUCGGAAAGAUUUCACACCCCUUGACUUUUUCCUCAUUUUGUUAUGUUACAGCCUUCUAAAAUGGACAAAUUAUGUUUUGCCUCAUCAAUCUACACACACUACGCCAUAAUGACAAAGCAAAAGCAGGUUUUUAGAUUUUUUUGCAAAUGUAUUAAAAAUAAAAAACUGGUCACAUUUACAUAAGUAUUCAGACUCUUUACUCAGUACUUUGUUGAAACACCUUUGGCAGAGAUUACCGUCUCGAGUCUUCUUGGGUAUGACCACUAUUUUCAGGUCUCCAGAGAUGUUCGAUCGGGUUUAAGUCCGGUUUCUGGCUGGGCCACUCAAGGACAUUCAGAGACUUGUCCUGACGCCAGUCCUACGUUGUCUUGGCUGUGUGCUUAGGGUCACAGUCCUGUUGGAAGGUGAACCUUCGCCCCAGUCUGACGUCUGUCGUGGAAAUUCUAAUCAAUAAUGAGGAGAGACCGGGUCAAUCACCAAUCAGGAUAUUACUUUACUCAAAAUGUAUUAAUAGGGAAAAUAUAGAGCAAUAACGAUGGCUGAUCGUCGGGGGUUGGGUUGAGAGCCCUGAGACAAAGAAUACAAACAACUUCUUAUAACAAAGAUAUACCCCUUUAGUCUACAUUACAAACAACAGAUGUGUGGAAUGGGUCACAAGGUUAGGAUUUGUAUUAAAAAAAAUAUCUGCUGUAAAGAUGUGCUCAUUGUGUGGAAACCAGGUUCUGGCCCCUAAAACAAGGUUCCUCUCAUAAUUAUCCAUACCCGAGCCCUCUCCACCCUGGUACCUCCCGGCACAGAAACAGCAACUCAGUCCGAGACAUGACCAUCAUAAAUCAGUUGCUAGAGUUAAAUUUCAGAAGCUCCUCUCAGUUCACACAGACACGAUAGCGUUCUAAGAACCCUAUUCUGUUGCAUAAAAAAAGACAUUUGAUGCAAUAUCAGUAUUAUAACAAUCUUGUCAUUUCUCCAUGAUGCGUCCUGAGCGCUCUGGAGCAGGUUUUCAUCAAGGGUCUCUCUGUACUUUGCUCCGUUCAUCUUUCGCUCGAUCCUGACUAGUCUCCCAGUACCUGCCACUGAAAAACAUCCCCACAGCAUGAUGCUGCUACCACCAUGCUUCACCGUAAGGAUGGUGCCAGGUUUCCUUCAGACGUGCAUAGCAUUCAUGCCAAAGAGUUCAAUCUUGGUUUCAUCGGACAUGAGAAUCUUGUUUCUCAUGGUCUGAGAGUCCUUUAAGUGUCUUUUGCCUAACUCCAAGUAGGCUGUCAUGUGCCUUUUACUGAAGAGUGGCUUCCAUCUGGCCACUCUACCAUAAAAGCCUGAUUGGUGGAGUGCUGCAUAGAUGGUUGUCCUUCUGGAAGGUUCUCCCAUCUCCACAGGGGACCUCUGGAGCUCUGUCAGAGUGAACAUCAGGUUCUUGGUCACCUCUGACCAAGGCCCUUCUCCCCCAAUUGCUCAGUUUGACCGGGCGGCCAGCUCGUUGAAGAGUCUUGGUGGUUCCAAACUUCUUCCAUUUAAUAAUGAUUGAGUCCGCUGUGUUCUUAGGGACCUUCAAUGCUGCAGAAUUGUUUGGUACCCUUCCUCAGAUCUGUGUCUUGACACAAUCCUGUCUCGGAGCUUUUCGGACAAUUCCUUUUGACCUAAUGUCUUGGAUUUUGCUCUGACAUGCACUGUCAAAUGUGGGACAAAAUCUUGUCGAAUCAAUUGAAACUACCACAGGUGGACUCUAAUCAAGAUGUAUAAACAUCUCAACGAUUAUCAAUUGAAUCAGGAUGCACCUGAGCUCAAUUUUGAGUCUCAUAGCAAAGCGUUUUAAAUACUUAUGUAAAUGCAUUCUAAAAACCAGUUCUUGCUUUGUCAUUAUGGGGUAUUGUGUGAAGAUUGAUUAAUAAUAAUAAUAAUAAUAAUCAAUUUUAGAAUAACAUGCUGACUAUACUAAUUGAUUUUGUCCACCCACACCAGAUGCAAUCAGGUUACGCAGGUUGAAAUAUCUAAUUAAAGCAUUUAAAGCAUUUAACAUUUUAUGGCAAUUUAGCUAACUACCUUGCUGUUGCUAGCAAAUAUGUACUGAGAUAUAAACAUUGGGUUGUUACUUUACCUGAAAUGCACAAGGUCCUCUACUCUGACAAUGAAUCCACAGAUUAAACAGUAAACUGAAUUUGUUUCUAAUCAUCUCUAGUCACUCUCCUUCCUUCAGUUUUCUUUUUCUUCUGACUUUAUAUGGCAGUUGGCAACCAACUUUAAGGUGCAUUACCUCAACCAACUGGAUUCUGGACAUCACCGACGUGGGUAUAUGCACCUAAAAACCAAUGAGGAAAUGGGAGAGGCAUGUCUUGCAGCGUGUUGAGCGUCACAAAUAGAACCAAGUUCUACUUUAGCGCCUGGCUACAAAGACGCUCAUAAGCAGUGUGGAUGCAAUGAUUGUAUGUGUACAUUUAUGUUGAGCAUGUAAGGCUGUAAUGUAACAAAAUGUGUAAAAAGUCAAGGGGUCUGAAUACUUUCCGAAUGCGGUGUGUGUAUAUAAUUCCUUCUCGAACUACCUAUGCGCUCUCCUCCUCUCACCUGUUCCCUUCGCGUGUGGACUUCAGUGCACAACAUAUCAGCUGCCUGUGACCAGGCAAAAAAAUAAAACUUGCCAAACCUUCAUAUCAUGACCGCUAACCACUACACACAGCCUACAUUGUUGUCAUGUCAUAGUAAACCUACCUACUAGAACUAACGUGUUAUUCAACCCGCUAGCUACAAUCACGCAGUUUAGCAGUUACACCGGUGGGACCCUGUGGCAAUAAAUUAAUAAAACCAAAAUCUUACUUUAACUUCGAAGAGUUCCAGUGUUGGAUAGCCAUAGCCAGCUAGCUAACGUAGCAUCCCUUUCUGUUUAAGUAGGAUAAACUGGCUAGCUGCAUUCAACUAGCUAAGUGAAUGUUUAAAAUAAUACAACCAAAUAUAGCUAGCUCUUUCUCUCUCUUGCUUCUCCUUCAUUUUUUAAGAUAUGAAUUUGCUCAAAACUGUUCAACUAUUGUCUUUCUCUACUCACCACAUUUUAUGCACUGCAGUAGCUUAUGCUUUCAGUACUAGAUUUAUUCUCUGAUCCUUUGAUUGGGUGGAUAUGUCAGUUCAUGCUGCAAGAGCUCUGAUAGGUUGAAGGACAUCUUCCGGAAGUCGUCAUAAUCACCGUGUAAGUCUAUGGAAGGGGGUGAGAACCAUGAGCCUCCUAGGUUUUGCAUUGAAGUCAAUAUAACCAGAGAAGGACAGAUGCUAGCUGUCCUCUGGCUACACCAUAAUGCCAACCUACAGAGUGCUGCUGAGGGUAUUGUAGACCAUUGCAAAACUGUAUUAAUUAAUUGUUUGGUGAUAUGAAUAUAUUUAGCAUAGUUUUAUGUAAAAAGGUUAACUUUGUUUCAUUUAUUUGUAUUUUGAUUAAAUUCUUUGAGGAUGCUCCUCCCCUUACUCCGAGGAGCCUCCACUGCUGUAAAUAUCCAUAUUUGUUUUCCUUUACAAACUAAAGUACAGCAGUUGGUCCUCAAUAUAUGUUAAGAUUCUAUGCAGUUGUCAUUGUGUUUUCAGGCCAUUGUGUUUCACCUUAGCUCCUGCUUCCUUUUUUUGUAACAGAAGUAAGUAAAGCGCCAUGUCUGUCUGAAUUAUUGGAACAAAAUAUGAAAGAAAGUAAUAUGAAUUCACUGUUACAGGUUAAUAAUUUAUUUUAUAAAUACAAAUUGAGUUGAAAUUCAUCCACUCAUGACCAUAAAUAAAAAGACCACAAAAGGGCCAUCUGUCUUAGAUAUAUUUAUUUACAAUCAUAUUGAACCAGUGGCACCAGAUGAAGUUUGAUUAUCACUGACUGAAUGAUACUACAAUCUAUUCUAAACCCUACCUUGAAAUUCAGAAUGUUCUGAAGGUUCUAAUGAAUGGUCUAAAUAUUUUUUAGGAAUAGGAGUUGUGGAUACAGGUUGGUCGGGUCAGUCAGCAUCUCUUUGUGCUGUGAAGGUUCUCUACAGGGAAGGUUUGUAAAAAAAGCUGAUCACUCACCUCCACUGACUGGUCUUACUGUUAGCUGAGUAGCCAUGCUCUUUUCUAUUCCUAGUGCUAGGUGAAUGAAUCAGCAGAAAUAUUUAGGUUACCUUCUCUUAACUCUCCCCCUUGUCAUUUAGCCUGGAAAUGCAUAUGCUCUGUUAAACAGGGCAAACCAGUUUGGGUUCCAGACCAGUUGUAAUUAGCUAAGUAGUACUGUUGUGUCCAAUGCAAGUUCUUGUCCUAUAUGAAGUAAGGAUUUACUGGGAUAUUUGUAGCCUACCAUAUAAUUACAUGUGAAAUAUUUUUUUAAAUUGAUUGGAGUACUAUUUUUUUCUAUGUGGGUUUUUAUUGUAGUACAGUGCAUGUUGUCAUAAAACAUUUUAUUCUGACUGUAAGUAGCUCUGGAUAAGUCUGCUAAAGGACAAACAUGUAAUAAAAACAUUGUCAAGAAAUACA